AAAAGAAAUGUAUAGAAAGAUAGUUGUUUGUUGUGUGUCGUGUCAGCCUCUCAACUUCCAAAACCUUGGGUCUCUCUUCAAUUACAUUUUCUUUAUCUUUCAGUACGAGACAACUUCUUGUACAAUAAUUUGUUGAAUUGUUUUCUCAAAAACAGAUUUUUAUUUUUAUUUUUUCAGAAAUCUUUGCAGUGUCCAUUAACUGAGAUUUUUCAGGAAAAAAACCAUUGAAUUAUGCAGGUGCCAAUGUCAACUCCUCAGCUUCAAAUAUAUUGUCCAGAUGUAUUAGAUGCUAUCAGUUCUGGAGUGAUAUCUGGUUACCUAUAGAAGCAAUAUGACAUUAGGAUCAAAGAAGCAAUGGAAGUCCAUAGUUCCCCAGUAUUUGAGAGGAAAAUCAGUCCCUCGUUUUUGUUUAUUUUCCAAAGUGAAGCCGACUGAUCAUAGUCCUGGAAAUACUUCGGUUUAUCUCAAUGUGUAUGACUUGACACCUGCGAAUGGUUAUGUCUACUGGGCUGGCCUAGGUAUAUUUCAUUCUGCUGUGGAAGUUCAUGGUGUGGAGUAUGCAUUUGGAGCUCAUGACUAUCCUUCAAGUGGUGUCUUUGAAGUUGAACCUCGAGAAUGCCCGGGUUUUAGGUUUAGGAAGUCAAUAUUCAUCGGGACUACAUCUUUGGACGCGACCCAGGUUCGGGAGUUGAUUGAAUGUCAAGCUGCAAACUAUAAUGGUGAUACAUAUCACUUGAUUGCAAAGAAUUGCAAUCAUUUCUGCAAAGACAUAUGUCACAAGCUUACAGGGAAAAAAAUUCCAAAGUGGGUAAAUCGACUUGCAAAAUUAGGUUCAAUCUUUAACUGCGUCUUACCCGAAGCCCUUAAAGUUACUGCUGUGCAAGGUGAUCCGAAAUCUGAAGCAUGUGAUGACAAUGAGAUGACGAAGCUAAGAGGUAGUUCGUGUUGUCUGUCCUCAAUCUCAACCAUGCAGAGGCAUUUGUCGGCAUCGUCCCCAUUUAAAGUUUGCUUACCAUUGUGGGAAUUAAGAAGGUCUACAAAUGGCUCACCAAAGGAAAGAAAAGACUGAGGAUGUCUCCUUUCUGGGCUAAUUUGUGAAUUUUCAAAACUACGAUACGGUUCAGGAGGGAAAUAUUGUAUGAAAAAAGGUAUUAUUUUUCCACCUUGCUGAUUCAUUCAUCUUUUUAACUGUGAAUUCAUUUCGUAGGAGACAAAAGGAACUCCUUUCAUUUGUAAUUGUCAAUCACAUUCCUUUUCAAUAUAAAUGUUCAUAUAAAUCCAAA